GCCAAUAGACCGGUCUGAACUUGUUUAUACUCUUUAGUUAUUAUCGCGUCGAUUAGACCUCGCCCGCACAACACAUCGUUUCUGAGACUCACCGGAUUAACAUAGUAGUGUGUGUCUGACAUACAUGGCCCGGUUAAGCCGUCUGCAAUUACUGGGAAUGGCAAUUACUUUCCAUCUGCUCUAUGUCUAUUCCAUUUUCGAAGUUUACUUUGUAAGCCCUGUCGUCGGGGGCAUGAAGGCCCUUCCCGGACCUCCUCCGGCUCAACGCGUUGUGCUCUUCGUCGGUAUACUAAAUGUCCCAUAAGCUGAUAGUAAAUGGCAAGUUCAAUCUCUUCUGGUAGUAGAACAAAAUAUAAGAAGUAGGUUUCCUACGGAGUACUUAUCGAAGGGAAAGCGGACACGCUCGGCAGAAUCAACCCAGAAAAAAAGAAAUA